GCGAUGGAGGCCGGCUCGGGCCCGAGCCUCUGCAUCCGCGAGGGCGACUGUGCCGUCCUGAAACGCGGCGACGUCUUCAAAGCGGUCGCUGUGCUGCGAAGAAGAAAGAUUAUCUUUGAGAAGCAGUGGUUCUACCUGGAUAAUGCCAUUGGCCACCUUUAUGGAACUACAUUUGAAGUCACCAGUGGGGGAAGCCUCCAGCCAAAGCAAGAGGUAGAAGAGGCAACCACAGAGACAAAGGAAGCAGGCACAGACAAUCGGAACAUCGUCGAUGAUGGCAAGUCUCAGAAGCUGACUCAUGAUGACAUCAAGGCUCUGAAGGACAAGGGGAUUAAAGGACAGGAAAUCGUUCAGCAGCUCAUAGAGAACAGCACGACCUUCAGGGACAAAACUGAAUUUGCUCAGGAUAAAUACAUCAAGAAGAAGAAGAAAAAGUAUGAGGCGGUCGUCACCGUUGUGAAGCCCUCCACCCGCAUCCUGGCAACCAUGUACUAUGCAAGGGAGCCAGGGAAGAUCAACCACUUGCGCUACGACAGCCUGGCUCAGAUGCUGACCUUGGGCAACGUCCGAGCCGGCAGCAAGCUGAUUGUGAUGGAAACCUGUGCAGGCCUGGUGCUGGGAGCAGUGAUGGAGCGCAUGGGAGGUUAUGGAACCAUCAUUCAGCUGUACCCAGGAGGGGGACCUGUCAGAGCUGCUACCAGUUGCUUUGGAUUCCCAAAGCACUUUUUUGAUAAGCUUCAUGAAUUUCCCCUCAGCAAGGUGGAGAGCCUCCUGUCUGGGACAUUUUCUACCGAGACUCUGCCUUCAGAGCCCGAAGGGAACACUCCAGUGGAAGAGGAAAGCAAUGGAUUGGGGGAGGAGAAGCAGACUGCCCUGCAGGAAGCAGAGGAGGAGCCUGCUACUGAAGCAUCUCUGGAGGUCAGCCAGGCAGAAGAGCAAGAAACCAUGGACAUCAGUGCUGAAGAAGUGGAACUGAAAGAGAACAAAGAGAAAGGAAGGAAAGAAAAUGUGCUGGAAAAGCAAAAGAAGCAGUGGGAGAGGAGGAAAAAGCUGAUGGAAACUGCUGCCCUGCUGAGAGAGAAGAACUCUGAUGGCUUGAUUGUAGCCAGCAAGUUUCACCCCACUCCUUUGUUGCUUUCCCUGCUGGAGUUUGUGGCUCCUUCCAGGCCUUUUGUUGUCUACUGCCAGUAUAAAGAGCCACUCCUGGAGUGUUACACCAAGCUGAGGGAGAGAGGUGGUGUGGUUAACCUGAAGCUGUCUGAGACCUGGCUCCGCAGCUACCAGGUCUUGCCAGAUCGCAGCCAUCCCAAACUGACCAUGAGUGGAGGUGGAGGGUACCUGCUGUCUGGCACAACUGUUGUCCUGGAUAAGGGCAGAGCUGAUGCCAGCCAGCCAGAAGCACUGAAGGUGGAAGAACCAUCAGCUAAAAGAUGCAGAGUUGAGGAGCUCCCCUGUUAAGCCCUCAGGGAUUGCUUUGGUUGAUGGAUCUCAGGACUGCUCCCUUAGGAAAACAGCCAAGGUACCUUCUGUGCUCUCAGCAGCACAGGCCUUGGACCUGGCACAGCCCCCUCAGCAAGAGGCAGCAGAACUGCCUGCUGCCAGGGUCCUCCUGCUCCUCACCAGCUGCCAUCACCAGGAGGAGAGCAGUGACACC